AUGGAAGACAAGUUUGCUAACCUUAGUCUUCAUGAGAAAACUGUUAAGUCAUCCAUCCAAAUAAAUGAACAAACAGGCUCGGACAAUGGCUCCUCUGUCAAGAGAACAGCUUCGACAUCUUCACAGUACAACAACAUCAACGCCGAUCUUCAUGCUCGUGUGAAAGCUUUUCAAGAACAGCGUGCAUUGAAGAGGUCUGCCAGCGUGGGAAGCAAUAAAAGCGAACAAGACAAAUGCAAUUCUCAGCCACCGCAACAUAUCCAGCAGAUUGUUAAUAAACCAUUGCCGCCUCUCCCCGUGGCUGGCAGUUCGAAGGUUUCGAAAAGAAUGAGCUGCCAAGUCGUUCAAACCUCCUCUAAGAGCACUCUUAGGAACGAGGAGGGUGACCAAGAUACACAAAAUGCUAAUAUGAUGUCCAAGGCUACUGACGUAAAUAUCAACAUCGAUACAACUAAAGUUACCACCGCAGCAAUCAGUAUGACAACUGAAUUGCCUGCCGUUGGCGUUACGCCGUCAGUAUCUAAUGCUGUACCAGCAGCACACAAGGCGCAAUUGCUGAAUCCCAAUAGAAGAGCACCAAGAAGGCCGCUAUCCACUCAGCACCCAAUAAGACAAAAUGUCGCUCCGCAUAAAGCCCCUGCUAUAAUUAACACACCCAAACAAAGUUUAAGUGCCCGUAGGGGGUUGAAGUUACCACCAGGUGGUAUGUCAUUAAAAAUGCCUACGAAAACAGCUCAACAGCCGCAGCAGUUUGCACCAAGUCCUUCAAACAAGAAACACAUAGAAACUGUAACUAGCACCAAAGUUGUAGAAGGGAAAAGGUCAAAUCCGGGUUCUUUGAUAAAUGGUGUACAAAGCACAUCUACUUCAUCAAGUAUCGAAGGCCAACAUGAUACUGUAGGGACUACACCUAGAACUACAAACAGCAGCAACUCUUCAAAUUCGGGCAGUAGUGGUGGUGGCGGUCUUUUUGCUAAUUUCUCGAAAUACGUGGACAUCAAAUCCGGUUCUUUGAAUUUUGCAGGUAAAUUAUCGCUGUCCUCUAAAGGUAUUGAUUUUAGUAAUGGUUCCAGUUCGAGGAUCACGUUAGAUGAACUAGAGUUUUUAGAUGAACUGGGUCAUGGUAACUAUGGUAAUGUCUCUAAAGUAUUGCACAAGCCAACCAAUGUUAUCAUGGCCACAAAGGAGGUCCGUUUAGAAUUAGACGAAGCCAAAUUUAGACAGAUUCUAAUGGAAUUGGAAGUCUUGCAUAAAUGUAACUCUCCUUACAUCGUGGAUUUUUACGGUGCUUUCUUCAUUGAGGGCGCGGUCUACAUGUGCAUGGAAUAUAUGGAUGGUGGUUCUUUGGAUAAGAUAUACGACGAAUCUUCCGAAAUUGGCGGUAUCGAUGAGCCGCAACUAGCGUUUAUUGCAAACGCUGUCAUUCAUGGGCUAAAGGAACUGAAAGAGCAGCAUAAUAUCAUACACAGAGAUGUCAAACCAACAAACAUACUAUGUUCUGCCAACCAGGGUACAGUAAAACUGUGUGAUUUCGGUGUUUCUGGUAAUCUGGUAGCAUCUUUAGCUAAGACAAAUAUUGGUUGUCAGUCAUACAUGGCACCUGAGCGAAUCAAAUCUCUGAAUCCAGAUAGAGCUACUUAUACCGUACAGUCAGAUAUUUGGUCCUUAGGUCUGAGUAUUCUAGAAAUGGCUCUAGGUAGAUAUCCAUAUCCGCCAGAAACAUUUGACAAUAUUUUCUCUCAAUUAAGCGCCAUUGUUGAUGGGCCACCGCCAAGACUACCAUCAGAUAAGUUCAGUCCCGACGCACAAGAAUUUGUUUCUUUAUGCCUCCAAAAGAUCCCGGAAAGAAGACCUACAUACGCAGCUUUAACGGAACAUCCUUGGCUAGUAAAAUACAGAAAUCAAGAUGUUCAAAUGAGUAGAUAUAUCACAGAAAGAUUAGAGAGACGUAAUAAAAUCCUAAGAGAGCGAGGUGAGGACGGUUUAUCUAAAAAUGUACCAGCAUUGCAUAUGGGUGGUUUAUAA